AAACACACCUUGCUUCUCUUUGUCAUUUAAUCUCGUCUUAAAUUUUCCUCAGUCUAUAAAUAACUCAUAUUAACUCCCAAAGUCAGAUACUCUGCUCUGCACUUCUAAGUUCUAACUCUCUUCUCUUUUUUGCUUCCUAAAAUCCUAGCCUUUUCUAAAAUGAUGAACACUGUUGAGGAGGCAAAGAACACCGAAAUGAUAGCUGUGAAAGUAGAAAAAUUCACAAGAGCAGCUCAAAUAUCGUUGAGGUUCUUGGCCAUGGCCGCAACGCUAGCAGCUUCAUGUAUCGUUCUUACCAGCAAAGAAACUGUUCUUAUUUAUGGCAUCACUGCUGAUGUUAAAUAUAGCUAUUCCCCUUCUUACAAGUUUUUUGCAGCUGCGAAUCUCAUUGCAUGUGUGUUUUCGGCCAUAUCUCUUCUCUUGUUUUACAUCAUGGGACUCACCUCGAAAUCAAUAAAUUAUUUCUUCUUCUUCUUGCACGAUUUGGUUGUAAUGACAUUGUUGAUGGCUGGUUGCUCGGCAGCAACGGCGAUGGGAUACCUGGGGAAGUACGGUAACAAAUACGCGGGAUGGAUGCCAAUCUGUGGAUACUUCGACAAGUAUUGUGACAGGAUCACCAUUGCUGUAACACUUUCUUAUGUUGCCUUCUUCUUCUAUUUUAUCCUCACGGUCAUCUCCGUCAGCAAGUCCAAAUCAUCCAUCACACAAGUUAUCAAAUGAAUGACUUUAUGAAUUUCUUGUUCGAGUAGUUGAUGUGUAGUACCCUAUCUCGUGGUGCUGUAAAUUAAGUGUGUUGGAUUCGGAAGAAAGCGCUUCAUAUUAUCUUAGCAUUUUAUUGUGGCGUCCUGUAUUAGUUGAUAAAAUGUUUGUUUUUAGUUUUUAUGUUAGACUUGGCUAAUUUUACUGUUUC